UUAGAUAAUAAAUAAUGCAUCAAUAAUAUGACUUGUAGUUAUUCAGUGGAGCCAUAAUUCAAUUGAAGCACCUGAGUACCAACGAUUACCUCUUUUCAAACCGAAUCAAGUUGACGAGUGGGUAAGGAACAUCAUGUAAAAAUAAUUAGAUCGAAAGAAACAAUGUUGGGAUGUACCAAAAACCAAUAUUAAGAAGGGACAAAAUUCUAAAUUCACCUGGCGUAUACAGAUUUCGGAGAUAUGCUUUAUUAACCAAUAAAAUAUGGAGACCUUGUAUAUUUAAAAUAAUUAGAUUAAAUUGUGACUAUGUAAUUAAUAAUAUUACAUUAGUAAUGUCAAUAGCAAGUCAUAAGCAUCAAAUUAAAAGGAAGCAAUGUUAAUGGAGAAGCAAAAUGAAAUUCUGGGUUCUUAGAUAUUUGUAAUCACGCCCUCAGAACUUUGGCAAGGUUCUCUUCAAAAAAUUAAAGAAUCAACAAUAAAUCAAGCAUCAAUUAUAAGGUUGAUUAAUAUAACAUCUAAUUUGUCCUUACAUUCGAAUUCAACCUAUUUUAAGCAGAAGGAUUUGUCUGGCUGUAUAGAAGUUACUGGAUGUAGUGAAAGAGAUCAAAAUGAUGACUGGUUUAUAAACAUUCAUGACAUAAAUCUGAAGGAUGGGAUGAUACAUGUGUUGCCUAGAUUUUACAAGCCAAUUUUUCAUGGGAGUCUGGUGAUAAUUCGAAAUGCAUUCUUGGGUACAGCUUUAAAUUCUCAUUCUGUUUUAUUAAAGUCAAAAAACUAGGAAGUAACUACUAAUCCUGUGAUACCCAGAAUAUGUAAUGAUUAGUAUUACAAUUUUAGAGAAUGAACUGUGGGAGGUUGUUCUGAUGAAAAUUGAAGGUGAAAGAAAAAGAUCAGUUGAAAAUCAAUUGUUGUAUGGUGAAAAGGUUUCUCUAUUGCAUUCAAAAACAAAUCAGUUUCUAAAAUAUAAUCAAGGAUAGACAAAUCCUGAUAAGACAUUUUAGGUUUGUUGUUCUGAUGAAAAUCUAUUUUUAGAAGAAUGGUCUAUCAUUCCUUUGAUUCCACAAUAAACCUCGGCAGUUUUAUGUAAUGACUUUUUCCUAAUUCAAAAUAACACUUGCUAAUAGUACUUGACUUCGAUUGCAGAACCCUCUUACACUACCAAAUCACAAUACAAAACAUUUCUAACUUAGUUGCCAUCCAAUGCUUCAGUGUGGACUAUUGAAGCAGUAUUGAAUAAUAAGCAAAAUUAUUCAUGA